AUGAUGGAAUCUCCACACCUGAUUCCUUUUGACUCUCGAGCCACCACUACAGGUCCUCUCCAACGACCUCUCAUGGCACCUUACAUGGUUCAACCUCCCUACAGUUCAGGUCCAGUGAACAACCUCACGGCACCUCACUACCAGGUUCCCAACCCUUACCAAUUUGGAGGAUAUCAAGGCCCGCCUACGCCUCCCCACCAUUCAACGCCUUUCAAAAUAGAAUACAAUGACCGCCGACCUAUGGGACAUGAUAACGACCACGGUCGAAUUCCAUCUUAUUCACGGGAGAUGAAGUACACAUAUGCCGAGCAAGCACCUUCCCCAGCACGGAGCGAUUCACAAGCCUCGACUGUCAGAUCCUCGGGCACCAACCCAUCUAUGGGCUCAAAGACCAUCACCUCCAACGAAACUCUCAACCCUGGUGACCAGAUCAGCUUCGAAACAGAAGUAGAUGAGCUGAUGAAAGCCAUCCAACGCAAGGCAGACCCGCAAGUCGAUACAGUGCAGCAGCCACUCACUCCUGGGAUGUCUCCUGUCUCCGAAGCAAGCUUUGAGAGUCAGGGAACACCAGGCCCUAUGGACAACAAGAUAGCUCGAAAGAGAUAUCGCUGUGAUGGCCCCAAUUGCCAGAAGAGUUUCACCCAAAAGACUCAUCUCGACAUUCAUCGCCGGACACACACUGGCAUCAAGCCAUAUAACUGUGACUUUCCUGGCUGCGACCUGACCUUCUCUCAACUUGGCAACCUCAAGACUCAUAGACGUCGUCACACAGGCGAACGCCCCUUUGCUUGCGACAAGUGUGAUCGCCACUUUGCUCAACGCGGCAACCUUCGCGCCCACCUACAGACUCACCAAGGCCUCAAGCCCUUUGUUUGCAUUCUCGACGAUUGUAACAAGACAUUCUCACAACUUGGAAACAUGAAGACACACCAAAACAACUUCCACAAGAAGACACUCAAGAAGCUCACAAUGAAGUUCGCCAAAAUCAUUGCCUCGGGUGAGGAAGUCACCGAAGCCGAUCGCGAGCUUUUUGAAUACUUCGCCACGCACUACAAGAACAGCAACAAAGGGAUCAAGGGAAGAGGAAAAGCUCGCACGGUUGCUGACCGUAAGACCAAGGCAUCCCGGUCUCCUCCUGCCAACACCAUGACAGCUGUGCCCCAAUAUCCUCUUCCUCAAAUUGCCUCAACACCAGUGACUCCUCACGGACUCCCUGUAUCGGGCAGCCUCGCUUCCUACAGUGUGACUCGAGGCCAGCCCACUCCUAUCAACCACAUGCCCCGCCAGACUCACAAUGGCGGCUAUGAGGUUUAUGACAUGCAUGGUCAUCACCACAUCCAGCCACCGAACAACAACGGCAUGCUAUAUGAGACCGGUAACACGCGUGAAAUGGGCUACCAUGGGCGCAUGUAUUGA